AACUUUAAAGUGGCAGAAAGAAAAUUUGAGACCUGAAUUGAUACAAUUUCUGAGAAAUUUAGUUUUGUUGCAGAAAUUUUAAUUAAUAUUUCACAGUUUUUCAGAAAAUGUUUCUUACUUGAUAAUAAUACUGUGAAAGAAGAAUUUGAUGAACCAGGUGAACAUAUUGGACAUCCGGGUCACCUGCUGGAACGCAGCAGGUGAGUUUGGGGUUAAAUACCUGCGGUGGGCGGGGCUUAGUUGGGCUGACAGAAACUACUGCCCGACCUUUGAGACGGAGCAGAACCUGAACGGACCCAGCAUGGCCACAGACUUCACUCAGGACGCGGUUCUGGUUUUCCUGCAGCGCUGCGGCGGCUCGGCGAGAAACACCGAACUGCUGGCCCACUUCGUGUCCUACCUGCGGGAAAAUCCGGACAACGUCGGGAACCGAGAUCUCUUCAAGAGUUUCGUCAACUCCGUGGCAACGGUGUCGAAGAUCGACGGGGUGUCUACCGUGAUCCUCAGGAAGAAGUACAGAGGAUAUGUUUCUGGUGACGGUUCGGGCAGAGACUCCGCCGAACCGGGUCCGGUCGGAGCCAGCUUGUCGCCGGCGGUAAGCCUCGCCCCUCCGGGAGACACCGAGAGGAAUCCCGCCCUGCCUGCGGCUGGGAUCGUGGUGGAGAGCGGCGCCAGGCUGAAAUACGGAGAAAACCCGAGUCCAGAACCCGUCCAGGUACGAAACCGGGUCCCAGAACUUUCAGAGAUUCCUUAUCAGAGCAAAACAGAGGAACAGAACAGGCUGGUUUCUGCUGCUGGUGCUCCAGCUGUGAGACAUCAGGACUACAUCCCUGAGCCAAUCAGAUGGCAGGAAAUGCCUCAAGAAAGUUUUAUUCCAGCCCCCACCAGGAGACAGGAAGCCCCCCAUCAGGACCGCUUUCCAGAACCGAUCAGAGGACAGGACUAUGGACCUAAUGGAGGACAUGUUGUCAACCACCAGGGCUACACACCUAGACCUACUGGAAGGCAUGAAGUCCCUCAACAGGACUUCCCUCACAUGCCCUCCAGAAGAGUGGACAAACUACAUCAGGGAACCGUUCCUGAACCCGUCAGAGGACACAUCGUCGGCCGUCAGGACCAUGCCCCAGACCCCGGUGAAAGGUGGGAUCCCCCGAAUCAGGAAACCGUCUCGGAACCCAAUAAAGGACGUAUCGUCAGCCGUCAGGACCAUGCUCCAGAACCCAUCAGAGGACAGAAGACCUCUCAUCAGAAACGCAUUGCUGAACCCUUCAGAGGACAUGUUGGUAACCGUCAGGACCUCUUUCCAGGACCCGUUAGAGGACAGCAGGUCCUUCAUCAAAGUCCAUUCCCAGCCCCCAACAGAAGAUGGGAUGCCCCACAUCAGGAUCCAAGAGGAUAUGUGAUUAGCCGUGUCCCAGAACCCAACAGAGGACAGAAUGUUUUUUAUCAGGACCCCAGCAGAGAUCCUCUGAGAGGUUCUCAACCUCCCACAUCUCAACCACCAAGAGGACAGCAGAGCUUUUAUCAGGUCCCUCAAAAUCCAGAACACCUCAGGGGAUGGGAGGUUCCUUAUCAGGAUCCCAUUCCUGAAUACCUCAGUGGACAGCAGGUCCCCCAGAAUCUAGAACCUCUCAGGGGACAGCAGGUCCCCCAGAAUCUAGAACCUCUCAGGGGACAACGGAUUCCUUAUCAGGUCCCACAGAUACCAGAACGCUUCAGGGGACAGGAGAUUUCUUAUGAAGACCCUGUCCCAGAAGCCUUCAGAGGUCAGAAUGUCUAUUAUCAAGAUCCCAUUCCAGAAUACCUCAGUGGACAUCAGGUCCCCCAGAAUCUAGAACCUCUUAGGGGACAGCAGGUCCCCCAGAAUCUAGAACCUCUUAGGGGACAGCAGGUCCCCCAGAAUCUAGAACCUCUUAGGGGACAGCAGAUGUCUUAUGACCCUGUUCCAGAACACAUCAGAGGACAGGAAAUCUAUUUUCCAGACUCCAUUCCAGAUUUACACAGAGAACAGAAGAUUCCUUAUCAGGAUCCAAUACCUGAAUACUUCAGUGGUCAGCAAAUCCCCCAGAAUCCAGAACGUCUUUUGACAGCAGGUCCCCCUGAACCUGAGAGGAAUAUACAACCUCUCAGAAGACAGCAAGUCCACCAGAAUCUAGAACCUCCUAAUGGACAGGAGGUACCCCAGAAUCCAGAACUACAUAGGGUACAUCAGAAGAAUCCAGAACCUCUUAAGGGACAGUGGAACCCAAAGAGUCCAGAACUACAUAGGGUACACGAGAAGAGCCCAGAACCUCUCCAGAGACAGCAGGUCCCCCAGAGUCAAGAACCUCUUAAGGGACAGCAGGUCCUCCAGAGUCAAGAACCUCUUACGGGACAGUGGAACCCAAAGAGUCCAGAGCUACAUAGGGUACACGAAAAGAACCCAGAACCUCUCCAGGGACAGCAGGUCCCCCAGAAUCUAGAACCUCACAAGGGACAGCAUAUCUCCCAGAGUCCAGAACUAUGUAAAGUACAUCAGAAAAACCUAGAACCUCCUAAGGAACAGCAGGUUCCCAAGAGUCCAGAGCUACAUAGGGAACAGAAAAUCUCCUUCCUGGAUCUGGUUCCUGAAUCAGAUCCUGGACAGCAGAGUCCUCCUCAGGACCCAGAACCCGUUGGAGGACCUGAACACGCUCCUCAGCUCCAUCAGGCUCCGGCUCGCCGCUUCAGACACAGGCAGAGCUACAGAUCAGCUGUUUCUCAGGAUGACGACAAAGAGGAGGAGGAUGUCCAGAUCAGACGUGGCUCGGCAGGAGGUCCGUGGCCCCUGAACGUCCCUCUCAGUGACGUGGCGAGGGCCAUGUCUGCCUCCUCACCGUGCGUCAUAGAGUCCCCGGCUCCUCCCUCCUCUUCCUCAGGGAAUAAGGUUCCUCAGAUCUACAUCCAGAACUCGGACGUUGAAGUUCCGGCAUCUCGAUCCCACUCAGAGUCCGGGUCCAGACCAAAACCUGGACCUGUCCCUGUGGAGUCCAUGAGACGCAGUCUGCCUCUAGAAGCAGAGUUCAACACCGAACGCCUCCACGACAAACGUGCUGCUCGGACCUCUGAACCAAUCAGGCCCAAUCAGAACCAGAGGCUGUCGUCCAGUCAGAGCGACCUCUUCGACCCGCCGUCGGACGUGAGAUCCUCCGUCAGCGACUGGCCUCCGUCUGGGUCCUCCAGAACCCAGACUGGUUCUGGAGCAGAUGAACCCGCGGUUUCGUCGACGUCGCUGGAGGUUCUGCAGGAGUCCAACAGAACCAUGCUGGAACCUCCGGCCCGUCGCUCCAUCCUGAAAAUGUCGUUCCACCAGUCGAUGGGGAAUCUCUGCGACGACGAUUCGCCUCCCAGCAGAAAGUUGUACCUGUCCAGCGACCAUCUGAAUGACCACCAGCAGUACGCGUCCAGAGGAUCGUCCCUGAACCAGUCCACAGAUGAACUCUAUGAUGAUAUGAAGUCGAGCAAAACCUCCAUCGACUCGCCUCAUGUGAAGCUUCGCUCGGCGGCGGCUCGGCGGAUGAGCAGCCGACUGAGGAACCGGAUUUGCCGCAGCUUGGGAACCGACCUGGACCAGGAGGAACCCGGUGGAGGACCGGAGGACGCCAGACUGGAACGGCUGCACCGGAUCUCGUCCUCGCUGAGUCUUCCUCACCACCUGUCGUCCUCGUCGCUGUCGUCCUCCACCACGCCGCCGCGAUGCCCCAGCCCCAUCGCCUCAGAGGGCGGGAGGAAGGAAUCCAGGAAGAGCCUUCACUCUCACAACGCCAGACAGUCUGCGAUUCCUCUGGAGGCCCAGGAGCACGACUGGAUGGUGAAGGCAGCGGCGGGUGCCUGGCCGGACAUCUACGCUCUGUUCAGGUCCGACUCCUCGCUUCUCAACCGGCAGGACUUCAUCUCCGGCUUCACGGUUCUGCACUGGAUGGCAAAACAUGGCGACCACCGAGUCAUCAACACCCUGAGCUACGGGGUGGAGCAGAAAGGCCUGAGCUUCGAUGUGAACGCCAAGUCGACGGCGGGUCAGACGCCGCUCCACAUCGCCGCCAUGCACGGCCACAAAAACGUCAUCCGGCUGCUGGUGAAGAAGCUGGAAGCCGACGUGAAGCUGAGGGAUGUGGCGGGGAAGAAGGCCUGGCAGUACCUGAGCGACCGAUCCCCGGACAUCCUGGAGCUGCUGGCGGCGCCGCCCAAGGCCACGCUGACCCGCGGCGCCGAGAACGCCGAUCCGGGCUUGAAGCCGCCCAAGCAGCAGCGGAACCGCCUGCGCCACCACUUCUCCUCGGCCUCCUCCGGCCAGAGGCCGCAGACGCUGGCCGGCAUGGUGAAGGUCAACAGGUCGACGUCCAUCGCCGCGCUGCUGAAGCCCAAACCUCUGCAGCGGUUUUAGCAGAACCAGAACCGGUUUGCUGAACCGCCCUGCUGUUACAGACGUGUUCCUGCCUGCAUCCCUUCACUCUGAACAGGCAGAACUUUUAGUUUGACUGUUUUUAAUCUGGAUUAGCAGUUUAUACAUCAAGCCUCUAAAAACAUCUGUUGAUGUUUGGGUUUUAUUCAAGUUGUCCUCUAAUCACUGGAAACAUGACAAUAAACGACUAAAAUCCAAUUAAA